CUCGUCUCAGUGCAAACUUUCGUCUCAAUAUGUGGUGGAGAUCCGCUCUACUCCUGCUCCUGCUCUCGUUCCGUCAAUCCAGCGGCUCCGCUGAGGACGAGGCCGUCCCGCGGAUGUUGCAGCUCUUCCAGCAGGCGGUCGCGUACGACGGCACACUCCCGCUCACGGUGCUGCCGUUUGACCUGGCCGGCGAGGGAGGCGGUCAGAGUCCCGCCGCUGGCGGCUCGAGCGGCUCGGCGUGGAGCGUGGAGUUCGCGGUGCGCGAGGCUGCGCCCGCCGUCCCUCUCACGGAGCCAGCGCGCUCCUUUGACGCCGCCUUUGACAGCGUCGGCGCUGCGCUCAUCGAGGGCAGGUUCGGCGAGGCGGGCGCGGGGCUGCACGCUCUGUGCGAGCGGGCGGCGGCGGCGGCGGCAGCGGCGGCGUCCCGAAGCGGCGGCGCUGAUGCCGACGCGCGCAGGCUCGCGUCGGUCCUCGUGCCGUGGGGAGAGACGUGCGCGCUGCUGUCGGCGUACCUGCCUCCGGGGCGGGCGGACGAGCCGCCGCCGGCGCAGAGCGGGAGCGAGGACCACCGAAGGCUGACUCUGCUGCUGCUAGAGCUCGGCGGGCCGCUGCUCCACUACGCCCUCCUCGGCGUCCUCGCCGAGCCACUCGUGUCCGCCCAGUCGCUCGCCCGCCUCGCCGACGCCUCGAGCCGGCUCGGCGGCGGCGGCACGACUCGGCGCGCCGCCCUCGCCUCCGCCGUCGCCGCCGCGUCGUCGCCGUCGGUGGCGUCUCGCUCGAGGGCUGCGGACGAGCUGCGCAGGCAGGGGCUCUGCGAUACCGC